AUGAAAGGAAAAAGAAAGCUCAAGAAGUCCAAGGACAAAGACGCACAGGCUGUUGCUGAAAGUCUCAUCGUCUCCAACAAUGACGCCGUGCCCCUUACUGACUACGACUAUGAGAAUGAUCUACGGCCUGAGUUUUCACCCUAUACAGAAGACUGCUGCUAUCUCCUCGUCGGAGAGAGCUGCAUUCGCUAUACAGUGCCAACUCAUCACCUGAAAAAGUCCCCGCAUUUGAGCUCCCGAGCACCGGAACGUUCUUUUACGUCUCAUCGAGACUAUCGAACGAUUGAAGUGCCUGAAUUGGAUGAGGAUAUCGGACACACACUAGUGCACUUCCUGUACACCGAUGAAUAUCAGACGCUGAAGCAUCCGAUUUCAUCGAAGGCUGAAACCAAGGCAACUGAAUACAGGAGAAGCAUCCUUGUAUAUCAGGCUGCUAGCGCAUACGGAUUGCCUCUCCUAUUGGAGCGUGCAAAGGAGCGCAUAAACGAAUUUGACAAUGCAGUAUCGAUCUUCGAAGCCCUGGAUAUUGCGAAAAUCGUAUACGAGAAGCUCCAAGAUGGUGACAAGGAGUGGUUUUGUGGUUACAUCACACGAAAACUCGAGAAUGCGUUUGAUGCCGACGACACAUUGUUUGCCCAAGACCAAUUCAGAGGGUAUGUCGGCGAGGCUCCGACGUUUAGCCGGAUGCUGGUGAAGCUCCUAGUCGAGAUAUACAGUGACAGACUCUCAAGAACGCGCAUCAAGAACGGCCAGGGCAGGACAGAUGGGAUUGAGCAACCAGCUUGCAAUGGUGAGCUGGCGGAAGAGAUUUCAGUACCUGAGGGCUCUGAUCCAGAACCGGAGGAGGUUAAGUUGCUCGAGUGCCCUGAGCCAGAACUGGAGGAAGUUAAUGUGGUCGAGUACCUUGAGUCAGUCCCCUAGAGAUAGGAUUGUGGAAAGUUCUCACCACGGAAAAACGCAGGAAGGGCGGCGCAUACAUGAAGGCGUCCAAGUACCUGGAGCAAAUCGCCAACGAGAACUGCCAAGAAAGAAGCGCGGAGAAACUGGCCGGAUAGGUCGGCGCGCCUGUAAGGGAGGCAGGUUUACUUAUAGUCCUUUCUCAUAUACCGCGCAACUCCAAUUUUUCGGGUCGCAUUUUUGUUGUACGUAGGCUUUGAAUCUCUCGCUUCUUCG